CCCAUUAAUUUUAAAAGAUUAGAAUUCAAAAUCUGUAAGCUUAAAUCGUGACUCUGCCUAUAUUAAGUUCUCCCAUCUCCAUCUCCUCUCUACUAAGUAUUCUCUUACCGCCAGCUGCAUGGCUAUGGCUACUCAACGGCUCUUUUCUCUGCUUCAUUCCUCCUUUCUUCGCUCGUCAAGUAAAUCCCCCAAGUACUGGAAAAAUGGUAUCAAAAGGUUUUGCAGCAGCGCCAUGGUGCAUGAAGAACCUAUCACUCCACCUGUUGAUGUUAAAUACAAUCAGCUUCUCAUUAAUGGACAGUUUAUUGAUGCAGCCUCAGGAAAGACGUUUCCUACAUUUGACCCUCGAACAGGGGAGACCAUUACUAUGGUUGCGGAGGCUGACACUGAAGAUGUCAACCGUGCAGUCUCUGCUGCCCGUAAAGCGUUUGAUGAAGGACCGUGGCCUAAAAUGACUGCUUAUGAAAGAUCAUGUAUAAUGUUGCGGUUUGCCGAUUUGCUUGAGAAGCACAGUGAUGAACUUGCAGCACUUGAAACUUGGGAUAACGGAAAGCCUUAUGAACAAGCUGCAAAUGAAGAAAUACCGAUGCUCAUACGGCUUUUCAGAUACUAUGCUGGUUGGGCUGAUAAAAUUCAUGGCCUUACAGCUCCUGCUGACAGUUUGCACCAUGUUCAGACCUUGCAUGAACCGAUUGGUGUUGCAGGGCAGAUAAUACCUUGGAAUUUUCCACUACUAAUGUUCGCUUGGAAAGUUGGCCCUGCACUUGCUUGUGGUAACACAGUUGUAUUAAAACCUGCAGAACAGACACCACUCUCUGCCCUGUAUGUGUCAAAAUUAUUCCAUGAGGUUGGACUUCCCCCUGGAGUCUUGAAUGUUAUUCCUGGAUUCGGUAGUGUAGGUGCAGCUCUUGCCAGUCAUAUGGAUGUCGAUAAGCUUGCUUUUACAGGAUCCACAGAAACUGGUAAGUCUGUACUAAGUGCAGCUGCAGAGAGCAACCUAAAGCCAGUGACAUUGGAGCUCGGAGGAAAAUCUCCUUUCAUCAUUUGUGAAGAUGCAGACAUUGAUAAAGCUGUUGAGUUGGCUCAUUCUGCCGUUUUCUUUAAUCAGGGACAAUGUUGCUGUGCUGGAUCACGGACAUUUGUACAUGAAAGAGUAUAUGAUGAAUUUGUGGAGAAAGCCAAGGCCCGAGCUUUAAAACGUGUAGUUGGAGACCCUUUCAAGAAGGGAGUUGAACAAGGUCCCCAGAUUGAUAACGAGCAAUUUGAGAAGAUCCUUAAGUACAUAAAGUCUGGUACUGAAAGCGGGGCUACUCUCGAGUCUGGAGGGGAAAAAUUGGGUUCCAAGGGAUUCUAUGUCCAACCUACUGUCUUCUCAAAUGUCGAGGAUACCAUGCUGAUUGCCAAAGAUGAGAUAUUUGGACCAGUGCAGUCCCUCUUGAAAUUCAAGGAUGUUGAAGAGGUCAUUCGAAGGGCAAACUCGUCACAUUAUGGAUUGGCGGCGGGUGUUUUUACACAGAACAUAGAUGCGGCAAACAGAAUAUCUCGAGCCCUUCGAGUAGGGACAGUGUGGGUUAACUGCUUUAACAUAUUUGAUGCUGCCAUUCCUUUUGGUGGUUAUAAGAUGAGUGGACAUGGAAGAGAAAAGGGAGUCUACAGCCUUAAUAACUACUUGCAAGUCAAAGCUGUUGUUACCCCUCUGAAGGAUCCAGCAUGGCUGUAGUUUUUUUCCCCUUGUUUGUGAUGAUGCCUUUGAUGUGUG